GUUUUGUGUAGGUGUGAACCCUUUCAGUGUUUGAAUAUGAUAAUAACAGCCAGACCUUCGUUAGUUCAGUGGAGUUUCGAGGGUUGUGCGAUUCACCGUUUCAAGCCUAUAACUUUACCAUGUUUAUCGAAGAUUAGCGUAAGGAUAAAGAGUAAUGAGAGGAGGAUUAAGAUUAAUUGCGGGCUUCGUGCUAGCUACAAGAAGAAGCCACCUUCUAAGGUCAUAUCAAAAGAAGCGAUUCAAGUGAUUCAAGCACUUAAGCUAGCAAAAUCUUCACCGCAGAAAAUAGAUCAAAUUCUAAAAGAAAGGUUCACUAGGCUUCUAAAGGACGAUGUUUUAGAUGUGUUAUCUGAGUUGCAGCGACAAAACUACUUGGAUUUAUCCCUCAAGGUUUUUGAGUUAAUUCGUGAGGAGGAAGGGUAUGGUACGAUGUUAUCAUUGUACUCUGAUAUGAUAAUGUUUUUGGGGAGGAGGAAGAUGAUUGAGGAGGCUGAGGGGAUAUUCUGUGGAGUGAUGGAGAGAGGGUUGAGACCGGAUACGAGGAUGCAUACGGAGAUGAUUGGAGCGUAUAUACAGGUGGGGAUGAUGGAGAAGGCCAUGGAGAGAUACGGUUCCAUGAAGGAAUCGGGGUGCAAGCCAGAUAGGUUGACAUUCAUGAUACUAAUUAGGAACCUUGAGAAGGUUGGAGAUAAAGAGAUGGUGGAGGCUUUGAAAGAAGAGUGUUUUCAGUUUGUGGACUAUCCUGAUAAGUUCAUUCAAGAAGUGGAGCACAAACAGAAACAUGCAAAAAAGAGAUCACUCCAUAUCGCAUAAGCAUGAAAUUUUCCAGAUUUGGAUAGAAGGCUUGGCGGCUGCUUCUUGUUGGAGUGUGUUGUGCAACAAUGCAGCAUUGUUGAAAUGCUGGUUUCAAUUUGUUCAAUUUGCAUCAAAUCCUGAGAAUCAACUAACUUAUAGUUUCUAUGUAUUGUACUGCUGUCUCUUCUAAUCAAUAAGUGACAAUUAAUAUACUAAACUAUGAAA